AUGUUGUCUGUUUCGGGUAAAAAAAUUCUCCAUAUCGAUCGUAAUAAUUAUUACGGCGGCGAAUCUGCAUCACUUACACCACUUGAACAACUUUAUGAAAAAUUUCUUGGGCCAAAUGCGAGACCGCAAACAGAUAUGGGUAGAGGACGAGAUUGGAAUGUUGAUCUUAUUCCCAAAUUUUUGAUGGCUAAUGGUUCUUUAGUGAAAUUGCUGAUUCAUACUGGUGUAACACGUUAUCUAGAAUUUAAGUCAAUUGAAGGCUCUUUUGUUUAUAAAGGCGGCAAAAUCUAUAAAGUACCAGCUGAUGAGAUGGAAGCGCUUGCAACAAAUAUAAUUAGACAUUUACAUUUAGAUCUAAUGGGAAUGUUCGAGAAACGCCGUUUUAAGAAAUUUUUAGUGUGGGUCCAGAAUUUCGAUAUGAACAACAAAGAAACUUAUGAUGGCCUUGAUCCUAAUUCGCACACAAUGCAACAAGUAUAUGAUAAAUUUGGCUUGGAUGAGAAUACUGCAGAUUUCACUGGCCAUGCUUUGGCUCUCUAUCGGGAUGACAACUAUAAGUCUCAAGUAUUUGGCCCAACUGUUGAAAAGAUCCGACUUUAUUCUGAUUCGCUUGCUCGCUAUGGCAAGUCUCCAUAUUUGUAUCCUCUUUAUGGCUUGGGGGAGUUGCCGCAAGGAUUUGCUCGCCUAAGUGCUAUUUAUGGUGGCACAUAUAUGCUCGAUAAACCAGUUGAUAGUAUUGUUUUUGAAAACGGAAAAGUCGUAGGUGUAAAAAGUGGCAAUGAUAUAGCCAAAUGUAAACAGGUUUAUUGUGAUCCUUCAUAUGUUCCUGAUAAGGUCAGAAAAGUUGGUCAGGUUAUCCGCGCAAUUUGUUUGCUAGAUCAUCCAAUACCAAAUACAAAUGAUGCCCAAAGUUGUCAAAUUAUUAUUCCUCAAAAGCAAGUCGGGCGUCAUUAUGAUAUUUAUAUCUCGCUGGUUUCAAAUGUUAACAUGGUGGCUCCUAAAGGUUGGUAUAUUGCAAUGGUUUCUACUACAGUUGAAACUGGAAAUCCAGAAGCAGAAAUAAUGCCCGGAUUGCAGCUGCUUGGAUCAGUAACGGAAAAGUUCGUUCGCAUUUCGGACGUCUACGAACCUACUGACCUCGGCUUAGAUUCGCAAAUAUUUAUUUCACGUUCUUACGAUCCGACAACUCACUUCGAAACAACAUGCAAGGAUGUUCUUGACAUAUUUGAGCGUGGCACUACCACAGAAUUCGACUUUACUAAAAUAACUCAUCUAUCGCUUGAAGAUCAAGAAUAA